AUGUUUAAAUUAUCAACUUGUUUAUUAUUAUUUAUUUGCUUUUUUGCAAUUGUAACAUCACAACAAACACUCCCAGAUGUAUCUACAUCGUUUCUCGGUGCUGGCGAUCCAGGUGUUUCACACUAUCCAUCAUACCUUGGAUUAAAGAUGCACAUUCGUUGUUAUUCAAACGUCACCUCUGCCAAUCAAAAAGGUCCAAUUGCACUAUUUGAUGCCGGUCUUCCAUUUUUCUCAACAGCCUGGGUUUCCAUCAUUCCAUCGGUUCUCCAAAAAAUGCCAUCGUGGAACAUUAGCAAAGCUUGCUUUAUCGAUCGUUACGGCUACGGUUGGAGUGACUCUGCCCCAUACCCCAUCACCACCCAAGACUAUGUCUUGCGUCUCCGUGGUUCACUCCAAGUCGCUGGUUUAACCGGAAAAUACAUUCUCGUAGGUUGGUCAUGGGGCUCCAUCUUUACCCAGGUCUUCUCUCUCACUUACCCCAAGGAGGUUUCAGGAAUUAUGACCAUUGACGGUACCGAUAGUAAGUGGGGAUUCAUCUCUGCCAAUCAACAAUCGAUCAUUACCUACACCAACACCUAUAUGAACUACAUGAGCAUGAACAAUAUGGGUACUCUUCAAUCCUAUGCCAACGAUGGUAAUGUCGCUCUCGGAUUUGGUUACUUCCCCAACGGAACUGUUGCCCUUGGUUUCACUCCAAACUCUGUCUCAUCGUCCCAACAAAUUUGGUUGUCCAACAAGUUCCUCAAGACUGCCGUACAAGAGUUCAACAUCAUGGUAAUCUCUUCUGCCGUACUCAACUUUACCUAUGCCGUCAAGGGUCCAAACCCACUCAAGGAUCUCCCAUAUGUCAACAUCUAUGAAACCAUCUUUGACCAAGACUGGAUCGACCGUCAACUAUUUAUGGCCUCACUCUCUACCAACUCUGUUGCUAUUCCAUUUGGAACUGAUCAUUUUUUCCCAUUUACUAAUCAAGGUGCCAUCAUCUCUGGUCUAACAGCUCUUACCAACAAGAUUAAAACCAAUCCAGCAAGAAUCUGGGGUAGAGGAAUAUUCUAA